CCACAAUGCCCGGUGGCGGCACUUCCGGGCGGCGGGGCGGUCCGGCGCCGCGCCCGGUGCAUGGAGGUGGCGCGGAGCAUGGGGCCGGAGCGGGUGUGCCCCGAGGAGCCGGGGCCGCCGGAGGCCCCCGACGGCACGGCGGGCUGGAGCGGCGACGAGGAAGAUGAGGAGGAAGAGGAAGGCGGCGGCGGUGGCGGCUACUUGUACCAGCCGUUGAGCCAGGAAGCGGAGCAGGGCCCCGGCGAACAGGGCCCGCCCGCCGCCCCAGCGAGCUGCGUCGAGCCGGGCCCCGGCCUCCAGGAGCGGCUGCAGAUGCUGAGGCUGCACCUGCCCGACCCCCCGACAGACAGCGAGGAGGAGGAGGAAGGCACUGCCGCGCAGAGCAGCCGCAGCUCCAUCCCCAUGGACCCAGAGCAUGUGGAACUGGUGAAGAGGACGAUGGCCAACGUGAAGCUCCCCAGCCUGGGCAUCCCAGCGUGGGCCAGCGAGAUCUCCGAGGAGCAGUGGAAGGACAUGGUGCAGCGCACGCUGCAGGCCCGGCAGAGCCUCAGCACCCCCAGGCCUGAGUUGAAGUGAAGCCCAAGCCACAGGGCUGGGGCUGCUCACUCACGUCCCUCCCUUGGUCAUGCAUGUGAGGCAGGCGACUGCUGCCUCUUCUGAACUGGGCCGUGAUAGGACUUGCCAGCACUGAUGUUCCCGUUUCUCCCACUGAUGUUGUCCAACUUCCCUCCCUGCUCCUCUUUCUGGGUUCUGGCUGGCACGUAAGUCACUGUGGUGUCCUUGUGUUGGCUGCCCGGUCCUCCACCUUGGAGUAACUAGAUUGGUUUCACUACCCAUGUAUGUGUGUGGAGGGAGGGGGUUAAACUGGCUUCACCCGGGUUGAUGUGGGACAAACACUGGAUUUGUCCUUGUGCUGUUAGUGCUGGAGAAGUCCUCCGUGCUCAAGCCCCUCCUAGCAGGACGAGCAGCUGUAUUUUGCCGUAUCAGAGGUGGAGUCCAAUGUGUCUUUCCAAGAGAUUGGUUUUAUUUAGUUCUGUACAUACAGGGACAUCUGUACAAAAUCCAACACUUUCAUACUAUGUAAUGCUCUACUGAAAAUAAAGUACACCGUAUGUACAUAUGAA